GAGCGAGGAGAGGAAGAGGAUGGUCGCUGGAGGUCUUUGGACCUAAAAGGGGCGGGAGCUGCUGUGACAGCGCUUUUCUAGUCUGGACUCAAGGUCUAAUCCCGGUGGCUGCGGGGGUGGAGGGACAAACACGAAAGGAAAGACAAUCGUCCCACUUGAGGGCGCCGGUCCACGGGGCUGCAAAUGGCUGCGGGUCCUAGCAGCGAGGGUCGGGUGGUCUUGGUGACCGGCGGUGCUCGGGGUAUAGGCGCUGGCAUCGUGCGCGCCUUCGUGGAGAAUGGUGCUAAAGUGAUUAUCUGUGACAAGGAUGAGUCAGGUGGCCAGGCUCUUGAAAAGGAAUUGUGUUUGGUCCAGCCACCAGCAGGAGCUGUCUUCAUCCGAUGUGAUGUGACCAGAGAAAGAGAAGUGGAGGCCCUGCUCUUUGAGACCCUGGAACGUUUUGGCCGCCUGGACUGCUUGGUGAACAACGCUGGACGCCAUCCCCCAGAGGAGAUACUGGAAGAGACUUCCUCUCAGGCCUUCCGAGACCUGCUAGAACUGAACCUCCUUGCCACAUACACAGUGUCGAAGUACGCCCUUCCCUUCCUUCGGCAGAGCCGUGGCAGCAUCAUCAACAUCUCCAGCCUGGUGGGGGCCAUCGGGCAGAGAAAGGCCGCAUCUUAUGUGGCCACCAAGGGGGCUGUGACAGCUCUGACCAAGGCAUUGGCCCUGGAUGAGAGUCAGUAUGGUGUUCGAGUCAACUGCAUCUCCCCAGGAAACAUCUGGACCCCGCUGUGGAAGGAGCUGGCCGCCCUGACCCCCGAUCCCUUUGCCACAAUCAGAGAAGGGGAGCGGGCGCAGCCCCUAGGACGGAUGGGCCGGCCGGACGAGGUCGGGGCUGCUGCCGUCUUCCUGGCCUUCCACGCUUCCUUCUGCACCGGCGUGGAGCUGCCCCUGACCGGGGGCGCCGAGCUGGGCUAUGGGCCCAAGGUGCCCCCCACGUGAAGGGCCGCCCCAGGGCCCCCUCUGGCCCCCCCUUCCUUCCUUCCUCCCGGCCCCUUCCCUCC